GAGAGCGUGUACAUAUUUUUCUUCUUUCCGGAUACAGGUGUCUCUGCUGCUCCAGCACCUGCAGCAUACAGGGAGGGCCUCAUCCACCUUAGGACAAAAGCUACAGGAGCAGUAAGUGGGCAGCAAUAUGUCAAGCUUAGAGGGGAGUCCUGGACCUGAACAAGAUGACCAGCUCUAUGAUAACUGGUAUGUUGAUGAUCCCCAAGAACCAACAGUUCCACCUCAUGAAAUUAUCUUACCCUGUUCCCCAACAUUGUCUGAUGGAUUAUACCACCUUAUCCUCGCACCUGUAUCUCUAUGCACAUUGCUGCUUCUAUGUUUCCUGGUUCGGAGACGAAAGCUUUGCACCUCUUUCUGUUGGGGCGUCCCUGGUGUUCUCAGCCCUUUGAAUCUCCUAGAUGGUACCAGCAACAAUUGGGUGCCCUGUGCAGUUUUUGGGUUGCUUUUUUCCUCAAUCUUUCGAAUGCUUUUAGACCCUACUACUCUCAACUUCAUUACAGACAGUGAUGGGUCUCACAAAGAAUAUUGGAAAAUCUUCAGCCUCUUCUAUUAUCCUGCCCUGUACUACCCACUUUUGGCAAGUCAUAAUGUCCACAAAAUACCUGGGUACAUAGCAGGCAGCAUCUUAUCAUGGAUGCACUGUGGGGCAUUAAUAUGGCAGAAGGCAGAAUGUCCUCAGACACCACAGUUCUAUAGUUAUUACUCCUUAUUAGCGACUGUGCCACAGAUCUGCUGCCUUCUUCUGCUAAGUAUCAUCUACCCUACACUUCUCCUUCAAAAACUGCAGCAGCCCUCUCACAAGCAGAUGUCUGAAAGAGAUUACUACCUCAAAUACCUGAAAAGCCUUCUGAGACGCAAGGCAUCUAAAACCAGCAAAGACUCAGUCAGCAUUGGCUCCCAGGUUUCACUUAAUCUCUGCUCCUAUCUCUGUUCUUCCAAUAUAGGUUUUCGCUUAUCACAAAGAUCCUUACUGGCAGUUACAGUAUCUGUAUUGUCCGUCUAUCAGGUGGCCCUCCUUCUUCUGGUAGGAUUCCUCCCAACAGUGCAGAAGAUGCGUGGUUCUAUUAAUGCAGAAACUAUACUCGUUCUAGGUGGAUUUGGAUUGACUGUUGAUAAGGAUAAGGAAAAAGCUGUGGACUACAUUGUAUACUAUAUCUGGACAGUGGAAGUAUGUUACAUUGCUGCUCUGGUGUUGUCCUGUGCUGUAACAAUAACAAUGCUGCUGCGGUCGCUGGUCAAACACAGAUGGGCGCUACAGUCUUUGUGUGCUGGUCAGGUCUCACAGGUCUUUCUAAAGCCCCGCUCUCUUCAACCAUCUCCACCAGCUCUUGCCAGCUGGAUGAGUCACAUCAGUUACCAAGCUGCUGUGACCUGCACAGGUUUCAUCCUGCAGCAUGUGGUCUUGUUUCUUGUCCACCUGAUUGUUACUUUUCUUAUCAUUAUUCCAAUCGGAUAUGGAAAGUUCCAGAUUAUUCUCAAUAUCCUAGAAAGAACAUGGCCGUUCUGGUUACUUUUGUUCCUGGUCACAGUAGUUCAGCACCUUUGUACGCGUUUCAUCUUCAUGCAAGGAGAUCCACGGCAGACUACUAACAGGAGAAGCCUCUUCCUUUUCACAUAUAUCUUCCUCCCAGUGAACAUUUUACGAGGUGGACUGCUCGCAAUCGCCCGGAUUGUUGUCUCAAUUACCUUUAAUAUCAUCCAUUUCUGUCGUCUGGACUUAAGCUUACUUCAACAUAGUGUACAAGGCUGGGACCCAGGCUACAGGAACUAUUGUAACUUCUUGCUGUUGGAGCUCAGUGAGUGUCACCCAGUGGUCACAGCUUUUUGUUUACUUCUGAAGCCCCCUAGUUGGAAGAAGCCUGACCUGGAGGAAGGAAUUCAUCUGAUGCCAGCGGACAGCCGAUUGAUGAAAGGAGCGCGUUCUCACUUAGCCAGAGCUCGCUGGGGUCUUGCAUAUACGCUAAUUCACAACCCAUCUCUUCUCAGUCAUCGAGGAUCUAAAACCAUCAAUGGAGGAUCUCCUACCCAUUCUAAAUAGCACCUGGCCAACAACCAGGGGACAUUCCAUUA